AUUUCUAGAUGCAGCAUGGGAGGGAGGCUCUACCUUUCCCUACAACGCGGUAUCUUCCGGUCGCCGGACCCCAACUGCCACAACUUCAUAUUUGGCAAAAACAUGUAUAAUAUUGCCCCAGCAGAAGGAUUGGUGUCUAUACUAAAGAAGAGAGAUGAUAGGGAAGGAAAAACAAUUGCUCAAGUACGGCAGAGGCAAACUAAGAGAAGAGUGCGAUUCCAAGAAAUGGAAGACACAUUGGAUCAAGAUGAAGUAGCUGGUGGCUCCUGUGUUUUGCUGAUCCUGCUGUGCAUAGCAACUGUUUUCCUUAGCAUUGGAGGAACAGCACUGUACUGCACCUUUGGUGACCUGGAAUCCCCUGUGUGUACUGAUUUGGCAGCCAACACGGAUUUCUAUUAUACCCAGAUAUUGCGGUGUAUGGAAGAACUUAAACACUGGAUAGCCUUCUCAUAGUUGAACUGCGUGGAGACAGCACAUUGAGAGCUCAGCAGUGGUGACUGGAGAGGGUAGAAAUAAAUUGUGAUUUCAAAUUCUCUAACACUUGCCACCUGCAGGUGAUGUGUAUUUGAUGAUGUACUUACGCUUUUACUUAGAAAUCAAGAAAAUUCUAGUUUAGCAAUCAGGUGGCAAAAUGUUCACAUCUUAAACUGUAGCAGUGUGGUAAUGGGAGAAUAAAAAGUUAUUCUUUUCACCCUUUUGAGAGUAGGCGAGUAGCUUUUCAACAACGUAAGCAAGUGAAGAAGAAAGAAGAAAAUCAACUGUCUUCUGCGUGCUCUCCCAUUGCCACACAUUGUGUAAGCAAUCUCUGGAAGCUUAGUAAAAGGACAGCUUUAAUUUACAGCUGUUUGUGCAAAGGUGUUGCCUCCAGCUAUCACGCAAUAAGUCUGUGUUUUAUGGAAACAUUAUUUUUCUUCUGUCUUACUAUUUUUCUCCAUUUUAAUUCUCCUGAUGAGCCAUGUAAUUAUUUGGGUGGAGUGAGAAGAGUGCAGCAGCAUUCACGGAGCCCUCAUUUGGUGAUUAACAAGCUGACCCUGUAUCUUACAGAGUGGGAUAAAUCUGCUGGCAGAUUUCACUAAAUUUCCUGGAACUUUACGCCCAGUAUUGUGUGGGCUGUUUUAGAAAUGGAAGGUUAAAAGAGAAAUCACUGGUCUCACUAAAGACAGAAACAAAAGUAAGAUGUUUAUUAAAUUAUUCGUGUUAAAUAGUAAAGUGGCUUUGGCCAAUUUUAAAGCACCUGGUAGCAGGUGUGGGGCUAACUGGGUUUUCUAUCCAGCUAUGUCACUGACUUGCAGUAAUCACUUUGUGCCUCAGUUUCACCUCCAUAAAUGGGGAAUAAUGAUCCUUGCCUUUGUCUGUGAAUAUUUAUUGCAAUUAGGGCUCAUGUCUGAUUCAUCCCAGAUGAGCGCAGAGGAUCACUGAAUCGCGUGGCUGCAGCCUCUCUCAGUGAGUGAAUGCUUGUGUAAAGUGGGACUGCUCCAACAGAAGAGAUUCAGAGGCUCACUGCAGAUCCACGGCCUGUUAGUAGUCCAGGGCAUUCGUUCUGGCAGAUAAAAGCACAUUGGCAUCUAUUUGCCCUGCAGUUCUGAGACUUGCAUUGUAAAAUCAGUUCUAUUUCUAGCAGCUAUACAAAACAAAUCUAAAUCAGUACAAAGACUCAUUUUAAAUGGGUAUUUCUAUCACUUGGUGCUCAGCCCUCCCUGUGUGGCAUGUGAGAGAAACACUGAGAUGAUGGUGAAGGUGAGAAUUAGAUACACAGGCCUUUGGCCCACACUCUGGUCAAAAUGUGGCAACUGUUCUUGCACCGGGCAUAAUGGCCCAUCCCUGCUGAAGGUGUUAGUGGGAAACGAUUCCUUUACACCUCAGGAAACAGCAUUUUUGAGGGGUCCACUUCACUCCAUGAUUUCCUGCUUACUAACGUUGUAUGAUGCAGUGUGUUCAGGUUUAGAAUAUUAUUUUGUAAAAUACUAUGAAGUAAAAUCUUCAAGACAUUGCUCAGAAUUAUAACAUUAAAUUAUCGUGCUUUCUGGCAUUUGCAAGCAAAUUGUCCCUCUAGUGAGCUUGAUUGUUCCUAACGCACUGUUAUACUUAACGGGUUUUUAAAGUGAAAGGUAAAAUCACGUUUUUUUUCUAGAAUAAAUUGCAUGUAUGAUUUCUCUUUUUGUUUUCUCUGCAGAGGCUUAGUUUCUUUUAUACCUUAGGAAGCCUCAUGUGCAGCUUUAUAUUAACCUAGCAAAUUUUAAAUGCCCAAAUUAAUGAAAACUUUUGUUUUCAUAAUGAAACUUGAGAACGGUAGUUUGGUAUAUUUUUUGUUUGUUGUCCUCAGAGUAUUAUAAUGCUGGGCUAAUCUAAAGGAGAAAGGGAAAGACACUUUCGUAUUUUAAAGUCUUACUGGCUGGUUCAGUUUAUUAUUUGAAAUCUGGGUUUGUUUAUUUAUUUAGUUUUUCUUUUAAAGAGACUCUUCAUUUUCUUGUUCGGUCAUUUACUCACAGAGUAAUUAAAAAAAAAGCAUGCAUUCAGUUAAAAUAUGUAUUUAUAGUGACUAUGUAGUUAGAAUAUGUUUUAGGUUUCUGUAACUUUGCAUUGAGUGUUUCAGGAUAUUAAGUUUAUUCCUAAAGAGACAACUGUUGAUUUCAGCUUAAAAAAAUCUUUUUAGGUUUUUGUGCACUUCAUCAUCAAAAAGAUCAAGAGGUAUAUAUAGAACUAUUUAUUCAAAAGUAUAUCAGAUAAGGAGAUCAAAGAUCCCCUACUUCUAGGUUCAUUUAAUUAAAACUAUUUUUAAAUAAUUAUUUUAUUUAAAACUGUAAAGCUAUUUAAAGUUAAAUCAAUUUUUAAUAAGCAGUUCAGUUUAAAAUCAGUGGUCCAAAUCCUGGUACGUCUGCUUUGUGCUAUAUUCCCAGUGCAAAGACUCACUAGUAGCAGCAGAACUGCCUGCAAGACCACCAAGAGGUUGGGCACCACUUUACCAACACGUACCCAAUGAAGAAUGAGCGGCCAGGCGUUCUGUCUAACUUGGCUACCUUACACUUGUCUUGUAACUUGGAGCAUCUCUCCAGCCUUCCCACCCUAUGCCAAGGUACCACACCUGCAAAGUCUCUUGGGGUUUGCAGGAGCGGAAGGGGCACAUACGCACAGGCUGCCCAGCUCCUGAUCUGAGCUGUUCACUCCUCAGUUGCAACCGAGUGGUUGAAUCUGGACGUAAUUUCUGUUGGCGUUCCUUUAUAAAAAGCUGAUGCUACUAAUUCUUGCUUCAUAUGACAGUUCUGUUAGUGCAAAUAGUUUGCAUGGUCUGUAGUACAUUAUCAAACUUGCAGCUACCAACAUAACAAAAUUUGCUUUGCGUUAAACUCCAGAGAAUGUGCAGGUAGGCCUGAUGUUGUCUUUCCUAUGUACUCUGUUCUCUUUAGAUUGCUGGUGGCAUUGCUUCCACCUGGGUGACUUUAGGGGUUAGAAUCUUAGUCAGGUAAAACAAAGCUAAAAGAAAUAGUUGAUUUGAACAAUUAUUCCUCUUGUCUGAGUAUUCUGAGGUAAAAUAAUACUGAGCAACAGCCAAGAUUGCUACAAGGAGGAAGAAAGCAGAGGGGAAAAGGCUUUUUAUUUUUCCCCCCUUUGUGCAUUUUAAAGCCCUUUGUGUAUGUCUUUUUAUUUAUUCUGUUUCCUUCUCUGCCACUGUCUUUAUGGCUCUUCUGCUUGGCAGUAGGGGAAACAUACUAUGCCAACAUAAAACAAUUUGUAGCUGGUAGGGAAAUUCAGGGAAUGAUUCAGUACUUGACAGUAGUUAAAAGUCAUUUCUUAAAAUAUGACUGCAUUUCAGGCUGAUAGUGUACCUUCAUAUCACCUUACCACUUAAAAACAAAACAAAACAGAACAACAAAAGCCAAAAACACAACCACUUAACAUACUACGUAAUCACUUGCAGCAUUCUACUAGAAACCCAACCUUCCAGUUUGUUCUUUGAGCAUAAUUAUUUUGAAAACAUUCUUGUGGUAGAGCAAAACCAACAAGACACUUAAUGUAGAUUCAGCACAGGCUGCCAAAAAGAGCUUUCUGAUGACAUAAUUAACACCCUCACCCCAAAUAGCCUAGCGUACACCAAGAAAAGCGCUGUGCCGUAGCAUAGCCACACUAUACUACAGGCUUGUUUAAAAAGCAGCGUCAGUAUGGAAGCAGAUAUUCCACAGCCCAGAUAUGCCAGCAGAAGUUUGCAAUCUAGACACAGCCCGUGUUUUAAAAUUUUUCCAAUGUCUUUCCUUUCAUACUUGGAAAAUGCAUAGCCCUGGUGGCAAGCAGUAGGAAGCAGUCUAAGAAAAAGGGAAACUCUGGCUUAGGGUUUUCGGGAGUAAAGGGCGAGCUUGAACUAUCAAAUAAGCAGAGUAGAUUGGAAGUCCAGAUUCUUGUGUGACUGGGUACUAUUCCACUCAAUAACUUCAAGGGAUGUUACCUUCCUAAGAGAACAUGUUUGCCUACUUUGUACUGUAAUGUAAAACCAAGACCAUCUGAAAGGACUAAUAACUAUUUGUAACAAAUUUAACUUCAGCUUCUUUUAGCAGAAGGAGUAAAUAAUUGUGUUUGAAACCGUCACUCAAGCUUGUAAUUUAAAUACUGUGG